AUGGCUGGCGGCGACCAUGUGGCCCUCCACAACAGUCUUCGCGAUCUGGUGUUUGACUAUUGCCAACGGGCUCAGGUCCGCCCAGUGCUUGAAGCCCCUGGGCUCCUGAAUGGCCAGCGACGCCCUGCAGACGUCUUGGUGCGGUCCGCCACUGGUCUGGUGCCUCGCUUGCCUGACGGCGCGCAGCCCCACAACCCACCUCCAUUGGCAUUAGACAUCGCUGUCGUGAAUGCUUUGGGGGAUACCCAUUGGGACGCCACACGACAGGCGGCUGGAGCUGCCUGCUUGGCCUAUGCUCAGCGCAAGCGGGCUCACAACAGGACUGCGGGCCUGUGUGAAGCUGCUGGGGUUCGCUAUCUCCCCUUGGUCUGGGAGGCCCAAGGUGGGAGCACGCCUGAGACUCGGGCCUUUGUCCACCGCCUGUGCGGGGCAGUUGCUGUGGUCGAAGGGCUGGAUCCCGGAGUGGUGAAGAGCCGGUUCAGUGACCAAGUUGCUGUCUUGCUGGCUCGCGCCAGCGGGCGGGCCAUUCGUCGCCGGCAAGCUGUUGUGGGAGACAGAGCCGGCCUUCCCCUGGACCUUGGUGCAGCAUUGGCGCUGCCAGUGGCCAUUCAGCCUGGCUCAAUCAGGGCUUGGUUCCCCGCCACCGGCAUUCGGGUCCUAGACCGAACGCUGAUCCGCGAGGACCGGCGCCGAUAUCUGGAGCUCCAGCGGCGGAAGCUGAAGGACGAGCUGCAGGGCUUGGCCAAGGCAGAGCUGGUGGAGAAAAUUCAGCACUGGUGUUCCACCCUGGGAAUUUGGAACCUCAACGACCUGGAACAUGCGAUGCAGCGCCGCGUGGAUGCGACGCUGCGGCCGAGGCCGCGGGACGAAUGUGCGCGCUGCGGCACCAAACAUCUCAAGGAUGGGAACUUCUGCCGCCGCUGCGGACAACGCAGACAGACCACGUUGAGCUGCGUGAAGUGUGCAGCGGCGAAGGCGAAGGAACAACGAGAGGUCGCCGAAGUCGCCCUGAGCAGAGUGAGACUGGAGGAAUUCGAGGCAUUGUAA